CGUUCAGUCCAGUUCAGUUGGAAGCUCAUCGUCGAGCACUGUAGGUCGGUGGCACUUGCGACGAGACGAAGUUUGUACAUUCGAUCCGAUCCGAUCCGAUCCGAUUUACACGCUCAACUGCAACGUACGCGGUUACAGGAAAUCGGUUUCUUUUUUUUUCUAAAUAAAAAUCAAACAACAAUUUUUUUAUCCACACAAUUCCGAAUCAAAAGAUUUUUCAAACAACGCGUUAUCGUGCACAACAGACCAUAUUCGUACUUUGCAAUAAACGAUUGUUUUCAACGUCGUAACUUAAGCAUAAAAAGAAAAAUUCAUCGUUGAUUAACUAAACGAAUAAAUGCCAAAUGAUCGAAUGAGUGAUGAACGUCGUUGAGUGCGAAAUGAAAUUAAUAACAACCAAUAACAGUUUUACAGAUUAUUAAACUAACGUUCUUAAUUCUUGAACUUGUUACAAGAAUUUUAUCGAGGUUUUUUCGUUUUUUUUUUUCGUUAGUUUUUUUUUUUUCUGUUUGUUUUUCAAUGCAUCAAGUGCGCGUUCUCCGGGGUAACCGAAGUAUGGUGAGAAAGAGUUAAUUGUACCAACGAUUCUGCUGUUUUUGUGAAGAGAAGAGAGAAAUAGCUAGAUAGAUAUACGUGAAGCGAAGAAAAACAAGUGAACAGACGGAGGUGACUACUGGAUUUAGUGUUGUGCAGUUUGAUAAUCCAGAAACGAAAUUAGAGAAAAAAGAGGCUGUGCAUUUUAAAGAAUAUAAAAUUUUAUACACGUAUUUAAAGAAACGAAUUUGCUAUUUAAUUUUUAAAGGGUUGGCUUUCACUCGCUGUUUUUCGUUCGUUUUAGUGCAGAGGCGGAUAAAAUGGCGGUUGCAUUCAGUCGCGAGCACCCUUACCGACCUCAACAAAUAGUUCAAUGAAACAAUCGAAUAUCAGAGUAAAAGAAUUGUCACUGCCAAUUACCGAGUUAAUCGUUGUUCUUCUUCUUCUCCUUCUUCUCGUCAUUUUUCUCGUUGGUUUUCUUUCGAUUAAACCAUCGACCAACUUUUUAAACAAAGAACAAGUCGAACGGUGGAGGCUUCUUCUAUUUUUUUCAAUCGUUGUUCGAAAAAGCUGAACUGUUGUUAGUGACAAGUGUUUCAUGGGCUAUUGUGAACCGAGGAUUUUUCGAAAACCAGAAAUCUGACGGACCGGAGAGGAGAAUCGAAGGUUUGUGUGUGCGGCAACGAUCCUCCGCCGUCGGCGCAAAGUGAGGGGCAGCGGGGGAGAGAGAGGGGGGAAGAAAAAAGAGGAAGCGAUCCGGCGUCUUCUGGAUCGGGAGGACCGAUCGCGAGUAAGGGCUUAGAGAGUCCGCCCGGGCCUUCGGAGGGAAAAAGUAUCUAACGACGGUAAAUGCGAACGAAAUAGAAUCGAGCGACUGACGGAUCACGGAGGACUACUACGUUUCGUCUUGGAAAGAAGAGAAAGAGAAGAAAAGAAAAAGAAAAAAAAGAAAAAAUAAAAUAAGGAAGGAAGGAAGAGACGUUAUUCCGGCGAAGCCAUUGGCGUGUGUUACCCGGUGUAAUGCGAUCCAAUCCGCAACCUGGAAUCCCUCGAAGCUAAAAGUUGGCCGGACGAACGAACCUUGAUUCCGACCAUACUUCGGACGGUUGGGUAGAUGGGACAGAGACUUUUUUUACAACUUGCGUUUUAUCGCUUCUAUCCUACGUCCUCCUCUUUCACGCACCAAGUGCACCUCGUAAGACAGAUAAAACGACGACGUCGUCGUCCACCGGCGUCAUCGACAUCGACUCACGCUCCCUGAACAUCGACGACGAUUGUUAAUUCCGCUGGAAUAUCGCGAAUCGAAACGCCGAUAGAGGCGAACUGAUUCGACGACGAUAUUUCGAAGUGAGAGACGAACAACAACAAAAAAAAAAAAAAACAACAACAACAACAACAACCAAAAAUAAAGAAACGAAAAAGAAAAACAGACCGUAGCAUGAGGACGCAGUGACUAUUCACCGUCACCGGCCAACCCCUUGACCCCCAGGAGUCGGUGAGGGACAAUCAUCGAUAUGGCCUCCCUUAAGAUCGCGGACAUGAUGCUAUUCUUCGUCAUAUGCCCACUGGUACUCUACCAGCUGAGAGGGACACGCGCCGAACAAGUUGUUCUGCUGGACACCACGACAGAAGGAAGUCUCGAUUGGACACGGUAUCCUUACGGCACACAGGCCAGCACUCCAGGCUGGGUCGAAGAGUCGUUUACGAAUUUCGAGAAAGGAAUAAAUUGGAGAAGUUACGUCGUAUGCGACGUGGCGUACAACAACGUGAACAACUGGUUAUGGACACCCUUCAUAGAGAGAGGACCCGCAAACCGGAUGUACAUCGAAGUUAAAUUCACGAUUCGCGACUGCUCCCUUUUUCCCGGCAACGCUCUCAGCUGUAAAGAAACGUUCAGUUUAUUGUACUACGAAUUCGACGCAGCUACCAAAGAACCCCCACCGUGGGAACCCGAUAGUUACAAAUUGAUCGGUCGAAUAGCCGCGGGCGAAGGAAGGUUCAACACCAAUACUCAGGAGAUAAUAAAUACGGAAGUAAAGUCAAUUCCGGUUACGAAAAAGGGCGUCUACUUCGCAUUCCGCGAUCAAGGGGCCUGCAUAUCAAUACUAGCGAUUAAAGUGUAUUACAUAAGUUGUCCAGAAGUGAGCGUGAACUUUGCUCAUUUCCCAGCGACUCCGACCGGCAGAGAAGUCAGUCAAAUCGAACAGGCGGUCGGGACAUGCGUAGCCAACGCGGUUAAAAUUGAUCAGCCGACUUUCCUCUGCAAAGGAGAUGGUAAAUGGUACCUGCCCACCGGCGGAUGUCACUGCAAACCUGGUUAUCAAGCCGACGUUGAAAAACAGCAAUGUAGCGAGUGCCCCAUCGGCAAAUUCAAAUUCGAGGCAGGCGCCCAAACUUGCGAACCCUGUCCCGCCCACAGCAAAGCGCCCGAUUAUGGAUUCACCGAGUGCAGAUGCGACGCCACUUACUACAGGGCUGGAAAGGAUCCGAAAAAUAUGCCGUGCACCCAACCCCCGUCAGCUCCGCAAAAUCUGACAGUCAAUUUUGUGGAUCAAUCUACGGUAAUCCUCUCGUGGAAUUCACCCCACGUACAGGGUGGAAGGUCCGACACAACUUAUAGAGUGGUUUGUGACUCCUGCAGCAACGGGGUCAAGUACAUUCCAAACACGGAGAUAUUCAACGACACGAAAGUGACGAUCACGGGAUUAAAUGCGGUAACAACCUAUCGGUUUCAAGUCUUCGCUGAAAACGGAGUUUCUCCGUUGGCGGGGACUCCGGAAUUCGUCGAUAUAACCGUGACCACGGAAGCGAGUGUACCGAGUCUGGUCAGCAACGUAAGAAUAACUAGUGUCAAAAGUACAGAAUUGAGUAUCAGUUGGGAUGCACCGGUGACGGAAAUCGGAGGCGACAGCGAUUUGGUGGAAAGAUACGAAGUACGCUGCUACCCGCGUUUUGACGACGCUACAAAUGCGACGGUGGUCCAAACUUCCGAUCUGUCGGCUACUUUUAAAGGACUGAAACCAACGACCGAUUACGCGAUUCAGGUACGAGCCAAGACUACCAGAGGUUGGGGAGAGUACACGCCGGUCGUAUUCAAGAAAACACCCCACGCGAUGGGCCUAGAUUAUGUUGGUGACGACGAUAAUAUGCAAGUCAGGAUCAUCGCUGGAGCGAUUGUCGCCGUCGUAGUACUUCUCGUUAUCAUCAUCAUUAUGACCGUACUAUUUCUGCGAAGCAGGGCCUCGGACGAGUGUAAUAAGAAACAACCCAGUGACUGCGACACCCUCGAGUACAGGAACGGCGAAGGACUAGUUGUGACCUACAUGCACUGCAAAAUGGACAGUUCACCGAUUGUGACAACCCACACCAACAAGAGCAAGUCUUCGCUGACGACGCCGCUCUUCACACCUGCAGUGGGUGUCGCUACGGCAGCUGGGGGUGGAACCGGAGGCGGUGGAGGCGCGCGAAGCUACGUCGAUCCUCAUACCUACGAAGACCCCAAUCAGGCCGUGAGAGAAUUUGCCAGGGAAAUUGAUGCCGGUUACAUCACCAUAGAGGCGAUUAUCGGUGGCGGUGAGUUCGGAGACGUGUGCCGAGGGAAAUUGAAGCUUCCACCCGACGGGAGGUCGGAAAUUGACGUAGCCAUAAAGACUCUGAAGCCAGGAUCGGCAGAUAAAGCCAGAAACGACUUUUUAACCGAAGCCUCGAUAAUGGGGCAGUUCGAACACCCGAACGUAAUAUUCCUCCAGGGUGUUGUGACGAAGAGUAAUCCGGUGAUGAUAAUCACCGAAUUUAUGGAAAACGGUAGCCUAGAUACAUUCCUCAGGGCGAACGAUGGAAAGUUCCAGGUUCUUCAGCUAGUCGGUAUGCUUCGCGGAAUCGCAAGCGGCAUGCAAUACCUCGCGGAGAUGAAUUACGUUCACCGGGAUCUCGCCGCAAGAAAUGUUCUCGUUAACGCGGCCCUCGUUUGCAAAAUCGCCGAUUUCGGUCUAAGUCGAGAAAUCGAAAGCGCCACCGAAGGGGCUUACACCACAAGGGGUGGAAAAAUUCCCGUACGAUGGACGGCUCCGGAGGCAAUCGCUUUUAGAAAAUUCACAAGCGCCUCAGAUGUGUGGAGUAUGGGUAUAGUCUGCUGGGAGGUGAUGUCGUAUGGUGAACGCCCUUACUGGAAUUGGUCUAAUCAGGACGUGAUCAAGUCCAUUGAGAAGGGAUACAGACUACCAGCACCGAUGGAUUGUCCCGAAGCAAUCUAUCAGCUGAUGCUCGACUGUUGGCAAAAAGAGCGUACCCAUCGACCAACGUUUUCCAACCUAACGCAGACCCUUGACAAGCUCAUCCGAAGCCCAGACACCCUGCGAAAAAUAGCCCAGAACAGAAUCAGGGAACGGGGUGCUCCACCCCCACCACCGCCCGCAUCGACCGUGCAUAUAAGGAAAAGGGGUACAAAUCCAUUGGCACCGGACGCAGUGGAUCUAACGCAAUUGACAUCGGUCGCUGAUUGGUUAGCGUCGAUAAAAAUGUCAAGAUAUGCCGAAAGUUUCGAAAGAGCCGGAGUAACGACGUUGGAAGCUGCGGCUCGAGUCACCGUACAGGAAUUAACAGCCCUCGGGAUAACGUUAGUCGGUCAUCAAAAGAAAAUCAUGAACAGUGUCACCGCCCUAAGGGCCCAAAUGUCGGCGACGUCGCAGGGUUUCCUUGUCUAGGAGAUCGCCAUCGAAGUAAAUUAAAUAAAAAAAAGAACAAAACAAACAAAAAAAAAAAGAGAGAAUACAAUAAUGAUAAUUAAACGAAUGAUAUCAUUACGGAUAAUCAUCGUAAUAAAUAUGGACUGAUGUGCAGCUGCACCGCGGUAUUGUGAUUUUUUAUAAAAAAAUAAUAAUAAUUAUAAUUUUAAUUAUAAUAAUAAUGAUCACAAAGCGGUACAGACGAUUAUAGAUUAUAUUAGUGAUAUUAUAUCCUAUAUACACACAUUGUAUGUACACAUAGUACUAUAUAUUCGAGAUGUUAACGGACCAAUAUUAAAUCACACGGGCUUAUUUUACCAGAAAAUUCUGUCCGGAGUAUUGAAACUGAAGGCCUAAGGAUUGAUAGAAGAGAAAGAAAAACAAAUAUGGCCGACAACAUUCCACUAUAAAUGUAUUAUAAAGAGAUACGGUAACAUAGAGUACGUUGAAACGACGAUAGCACGAUUUUACCAUGUGAUGAGCAUUAUUAUCUGUUUUAUAGUAAGAAAAGAAUAUAUAUCUACAAACAUGUCUCACGGGUAAAGAGAGAAAAGGAGGGUGAAAACGAAAUUCGUAUUUCUCUUCUGAAAGAAUAUCGAAUCUUAAACGAAACGAAACAAACGAAACGAACGGUCUAAGUAUUAAACUCGAAAGUCAAAAAGCGUACGUACCUACUCCUCGAGGUAUACGUAUACCUUUGUUGAAAAGUUAUAAGCAAACCCCAUAACGAGAAAGUCCAUGACUUUCUCUCUUACUAUAUAUUCAAAAGCCCUUUGCCAUCCUAAAACCCUACCGGGUAAUUUUUGAAAAAUUGGGUUGGAAGAAUCGAAAGCUUCAUAGUCCGCUGCAGUCCCAAAUUGUAAUAAAAAUUAUGAAGGGCUAGGUGUAAAAAAAUAUUACGUAGAAGAACCUUCCGGAAAGUACCCUAUACCCGGAAAAAAAAGAGAAAAAUUUUCAAAAAAUUGAACGGUAAUUAAGUAUAUCUCAUAGUGAUUUCAAAAACACACACAUGCUCAAGACGGUGUGAGGGAGGAGAAAAUAAAGAAACAGAGAAAUCGAAACCAAAAUGAAAAUGAGAAAAAAAAACCACUGUAAAUAUAUAUCUUUUGCGAUCGAAUCGACGUAUAUAUUAUAUAAUAUAUAUAGUAUAUUACACAAGUAGGAAUAUCGUGCAGCGAAUUUUUAAUAUUCCGCUUUUGUUCCGCCCUGCUUUCGACAGCUAAUUAAAAAUUAUGUAUAAUGGAUGCAUUGAAUCUUGCGUUUUAUGUUGUAUAGAUAUAUAUGUACCAUACACACGAUACAUGUAUGACUUAUCGAAAGAAAAUAAAUGAACAAAAAACAAAAAAAAAAAAAUACAAAAAAAAAGAAAUGUGCCAACGCAAAAAAGUGAAUGAAAAAUAAUAAAACUUAAAUUAAUGAUGAAAAAAAGAAAGAAGAAAGAAAUAUAACAAUAAAAUAAUUAAUAAUUACUAUUGAUGAUGUAUCAGCCAGCUAUAUAAUAAAUUAUAAAUAAACAAUGCGCGUGCUUUGCCGCGAUAUGAUGUAUUAUAUAAAAUUAUACAGCUUGUCCUAUUUGAAAGAACACAUUACAAUAUUUCGGUAACUCGAGUUGAUACGAAAGGAACUUGCUUCGCUGUUCUGUCGUUCAGUUUUUUUUUUUUUCUUCAAUUCAAACAUGAAUACAAACUGUAUUCGGAACUGAUUCUUCAUUUCUCUGCGAGACGUAGGCCGUAGUGGUCUAUGUACUGAAACUGUGAAUAUUCUUCUUCUGGUUGAAAAGUGUAAGAUCCUUGAAUAUUUAUUGAACUCGUAGAACGCAGUAUUAUUCAGGUAUGUUUCAUUACAAGAAAAUCAACAAAAUACGAUCAUACAAUUCAUUUCUCAAGAAUCAACAAAUGAUUGGAAUUUACAGUCAGUUCUUGGUCGUAUGUUAGUUUAACCCCUUCAGGAAAUCGUUUGAGUUCUUCGAUAGCGGACCUAGUUUUGAAAAUGUUCGAACCCCUCCUUUGAGAUAGGACACUCUGUACGUGCGUGUGUUGAAAUAUUAUCUAAUAAUAAAUAUUAAAUGAAGAUUUAAUAUAAUAGGUAAUCAAAGAAAGAAAGAAAGAAAGAAAUACAGAAUGAGAAUAAAAAAAAUAAACGAAUAUAACAAUAGAGAAUGACGAACAAAUUAACAGAGUGGUUUGAAAUUUUAAAUAGCGAGACAAAAUACUUAUAUUAUAUACCUGUAUACAUAUUAUAUAGCUACGAUCUGCCAAUAUCACUUCUUCACGAGGUGCGCGAAUCGUAGUGUCCAUCGUGAAGUCAAAAUAAUAAAUGACAAAAAAAAAAAAAAACAAGAAAAGAAAAUUAAAUUAUUAUUAAAUAUUAUAUUAUAAUUAUUAUCAUUAUUAACAUUAUUACUAUUAUUAUCAGACGAAUAAUGAUAUAAUUGUCACGCUACAUUAUUAAAUAUAUGAAAUCGAGCAAACAAUGUCCAAAACAAAAAACCUGUUUUUUGAACGCGAACAUAUCAAAAUGUUGGAGAUUAUACGUGAAAUUUAUAAUUAGGAAACGAAACAUGCGAAUGGUUGUUUUUAUUUAUUUAUUUAUUAAUUUUUUUUUCCAUAUUUCUACAAUUUUUUUUUACUAUUCAAAUCAAAGUAUGCUAUCAAUAACGAGUGUAAUCAUCGACCAUUAUUUAUUACUAUGGACAAUAUAAUUUGAUAUGAAAUUUGAUACGCGCUAUAAGAAUACAAAUUUUGUUUUUUUCUAAUAGUUAUUCAUCAUCAUUUGCAUUUGUACAAUACAUAUAGUAUAUUAUACGUACCUAUAGAUACCAUUUAAAUAUGCAGACGACUGAAACGAAAAUUCCAUUAACAAUUGCAUCCCUUCUAUCUAAGAUCAGAUCGGGAUGUAUGAGGGAAUUAAUUGAAUACAUAAUAUUAUACUCAAUUGAAACCUGUCAUUAAUCAAUAAUGAUUUUCUUCUUUUUUCUUUUCUUUUCAUUUAAUUGGAUUUUUAUACAUGAAUAUACACAUUAUAUAGAUUCACUGUUGUAAAGACUGUUUCAGAUACUAUCCAUAUAGUAUAUGGCACGUCAACGCUUUCUGCCACGAUCAAGUAAAAUCAAUUAAUUAAUUAUUUGAACAAUUUAUUUAAAAAAAAAAAUUAAAUUUCAAACGCGUAACAAAAAGUUAUUUCAAUCUUACACCCGGAUUAUUUAUUCAUUUGGAUUUUGAUUCCAUUGCUUUUCUCGUUUGUAUUGUGUCGUUCUUUUCUUUUUUUUUCACUUCGAUAAAAAUUGUUUAUAGUAUAAAAAAAAUAAUGAAAAAACAGACAAAGCGCCGUUUGCCAAAAAUUUUAAACCGUAAACUGAAAGAUAAUACGCUAAUAUAGUAUAAUUGAAAUUUUAUUGAAAGACCUAUUAUAUUAUUAUAUUGUGUCCUUAUCAAAGAGUGUAAUUUCUCCGUUUGCUAUACGUGUUAGAGAUCCAUCUUAUAUAGUGUAUAAAAUUUAAGAGAAAAAAAAAAAAAAACAGAAAAAGAGGUGAAAAGAAAAGAAGGUGAAGGAAAAAUUGCAGUACAAUUUAGCUAAACGUAUAACAAACAGAGUCAAUGAAGUGCUACUCGAGAAGGGCGAAAGAGAAAAAAAAAAAGAUUAAGCAAUAAAAUACACGCAAAUGCAGAUUUUUAUAGAAAAUGUUAAAAUUUGAGGAAAUAAUUAUUAAUAACGCUAUCUUCCUAAAUGUUCGUAUUAUUAAAUAUAAUAUGGUUUUAAGUUUUAUCCGUCACGAUGUACGAUGAUUAUUAUACCACCAGUGAAUGAUGAUGAUGCAAAAUAUAGUGAUGCACAUCCGCCAUUGAUAUUAUAUACCUCUCAUCAUGUGUAAUUAACACCAACAUACAUAGCUUUAUGGGAUUAUGAAUACCAUAAUUGUCGUCGGAUAAGAUUUUUGCCAAAUUUGAAGAAUUUUUGAGCUGUACCAUCUGUACCUAUAUAUGUCUAGCGAAAGUUGUCAGAAUAUCGUUGAAAAAAUUUGAAAUUCUUUAUGUACACAUACAUGUAUAUACGUAAAUUUAUCAACUGUCGCGAAAAAAAAUGAUUAAAAGUUUUUGUAUAUGUCCUCGUAAUAUAUUAUCGUAAAAAUAAUUAUACAAUGUAAAAAUGAUGACGUUUAGUUACGACGAUAUAUACGUAUAUGGUACCAAAUUGGUUUGAAAUUUUUCUAACGGUAUUCCAUGUCGCAUAUUUUGGUUAUUGUAUAAGUGUAAAAUUAAAAGUAUAAAAACAAGAAU